UCGCAAACCAAUGCUACAUUUUUGUCAACAGGGAUUAUAUUUUAGUUAGUUUAUGAACUUUUAAUAUUCUUGCUUGCAAACACAAAAAGAGGUUUUUAUUUUCUAAAUGUGUUUAGUUGGUUUCCCGUUCGCGCUCAUUUCACGGUGGUCACAGAAGCUACGUAACUUCCCGAAACAUCAUGGACUCCUGUAGUGAUCCUGUGUUUUUUGAGAUGAUUAUAUGUGCUCAUAAAUAACAAUUACUUGUUGUUUAUGAUUCUCACUUUGUCCCGUAGAGUGACUAUGAUGAACAUCGCAAAACUAAGUUCACGACGAUUUCAUAGACAUAGGAAGCGCCUUUCUGGUUGCCAUAGAGGUUCAUAGUUUUCAAGACCCUGUGGUUACUUAAUUCACUAUUGAUUCAACUGGGUAUGAUAGAAUACCAAGCCAACUUCAUUGCAUUUCAUACAUUCUCCACAAAAAAACCUUUGUAAAAAAUAUGUUGAGUUUCUUAACGGCAAGACGGACUGGAGUCGACGAUCCACUCCGACUGAGACGAGCAGAAUCGACAAGGAGGGUUCUUAGUCUGGAGCUGAAUCCUGAUCGGGAUGUGGAUCGAAUCCAUGGAAAUGGGGUCAAUACAAUAGACAUUGAAGUCAUUGAUGGCAGAUAUAUGUUGUCCGGAGGUGCAGAUGGAGUUAUAGUGAUCUAUGACCUUGAGAAUAAAAACAAGAAACCACAGUACACCUGCAAAGCAGUCUGUACAGUUGGAAGGUCCAGCCGCCAUGUGCACAAGUUCAGUGUGGAAACUGUUCAGUGGUAUCCCCAUGACACAGGCAUGUUCAUAUCCAGCUCUUUUGACAAGACCAUGAAAGUGUGGGACACAGAGACGUUGAAGCCUGCUGAAGUGUUCCAUUUUGAAGGAAAUGUCUACUGCCACCACAUGUCCCCUGUAGCCAGGAAGCACACGCUCAUUGCAGUUGGUACCAAAGAACCUAAAGUACAGCUGUGUGAUUUGAAGUCGGGGUCAUGCAUCCAUGUCCUGCAGGGUCACAGAGGGGAGGUUCUCUCAGUCAAAUGGUCCCCGCGAUACGAGCACAUCUUAGCCACGGCCAGUUCUGAUAGCACGGUAAGAGUGUGGGAUGUGCGGCGGGCCUCUGGGAGUCUUUUCACUUUGGACCAGCAUAACGGGGACAAGUCCAAAGCCGCCUCAGAAGCAGUCAACACGGCCCACAACGGACGUGUGAACGGCCUGUGCUUCACAGCCGACGGGCUGUACUUGCUCACCACAGGGACUGAUGACCGCAUGAGGCUGUGGAACAGCGCCACAGGAGAGAACACCCUGGUGAACUACGGCAAGGUGGCCAACGCCAGCCGCACUUGUCUGAGGCUAACGGUGUCACGUGGCUGCAGCCCAGAGUUUGUAUUUGUGCCAUGCAGCAGUUCGGUGGCGGUCUACUCACUACACACGGGUGAGCUGGUCACUAUGCUGCGGGGUCACUAUAACAACGUAGACUGCUGCCAGUUUCACCCCGACUAUCAGGAACUGUAUAGCGGAGGCAAAGACUGCAACAUCCUAGCCUGGGUUCCUGUGUUGAGGCAACCUGACAUUGAAGUUGAAGAGACUGCCACUGCCAAGGGUGAGCAACAGUCUGCAGUGAAUCCUGUUUUUGUAGAUGCCUGGAGCAGCGAUGAGGACUGAAGGAUUUCAAAGACAGAAGAAGAAGAAAGUUGCGCAAUGCACCUCCAUGACGAAAUUCGGUUUACAAAACCAUCUGAGCUCACUACAGCAACCAUGUAAAUACUGUCAGUCGGAUAAUGGAAUUCAGAGCACUUUCAGGUGUAUUUUAACACCACUAGUGUCUUCGUUUCUGGAUGUUCCAUACAUUUUGUGUUCCUUAUCAUCCCCGUACUGCUGGUAUAUGUAAAAGUCAGUCAUGAACUGGGUGUAUACUGUAUGUUGGGAAAUGGGAUGAAUGUAUAGAUAGAAAAUGGUGUUGGUGCAAAUCUUGAUAAAUGAGCUACGAUGGAAUCAUUUUAGAGAACCUUCCUUUGUAUUUUAUAUGUCUAUGCUAUUAGUGGUGUAAACCUUAAACAGUGCAUUAAGUCUGAUAUAUGUUUACUAAUAAUAUCAUGCCAGAAAUUAUUUUGAGUGAGUUGCCAGUUGUCAGUUUACACAGAAAAAUAUGUUGGCUUUGUGUCAACAAAAUUUGAUCAUAGUCAGUGUCAAUCACAAUGUGAAUCAUUGAAUCAGAUCAUGCAUUUUCCUUCUCUUAACAGUAAAUUAUUUAGCUGCUGUAAAUGCAUAUGGGGGACAUGCAUCACUCAGUCUUGAGCAGGAUUCAGGAUCAAGCAAGACUGGUAUCAAUGUUUUGUUUUGUUUUUAUAAUAAACAUGUUACUGCA